CAAUUAUAUACAAGGGCAAGACCGUCAUUGUGUAUUGUAGAUAACCCUCACUGCUAUUCUUCCCUUCCUCCACGCCACUCGCAAGUCGCAACAACCCAUGGCUUCCUCUCUCCGUCUCCAAAACCCCACUUUCCACAAACCCCACGCUCCACCACCAACAUGUACUCCCACGCGCCACCGCAUCAACUACGUUCCCGUGCGGUGCGGCGGCCCGCGGUCACAGCGCGGACCCUUACUCAAAGGUCGAAUCCUAAGCAUCGAAGCAAUCCAAGCCAUACAAACCAUAAAACGAAUCCACCGAACCAACCCUCCUAACCACCAAACCCUAAUAUCCAACACCCUCACGCGCCUCAUCAAAAACGACCUACUCGCCACUCUACGUGAGCUUCUACGCCAGCAACAGUGCGCUCUCGCGCUCCGCGUGUUCACCGCCGUUAGAUCAGAGUACGACGCCGAUCUCACGCUCUAUGCCGAGAUGGUCAACGCGCUCGCAAGUAAAAGUAUGGGUGACGACGUGGACCGUCUGAUUUUGGAGUUGGAUGGGAUUGAGUUCGCUGACGUGGCGGAUCAGAAGGGGAUGGUGAGUUUGAUCAAGGCCGUUGUUGGUGCUGGGAGGAGGGAAUCAACGGUCAGGAUUUACGAGAUGAUGAAGAAGGGUGGGUGGUGUGAGAAUGUUGAACCUGAUGAGUAUUUGGUUAAUGUUUUGGUUAAUGGGCUCAAGGGUUUUGGUGAAAUGGAACUUGCUAAGCAGGUUCAGAAUGAGGCUAAUAGGGCUUUUGCUAGGUUCUCUAGGCCCAAUUUGGAGUCAUUCAGAUUGUAGUAAGAUUUAUAAGAUUCUUAAGUUCUUGUAUGCUGGUUCUUAUAAAUCUUAUGUGAAAUUUUUUGAUAAAAAAAUCUCGUAUAUUAUCUAGGUA